AUACGUGGAUUGCAAAUUGUCAUUUGUAUAGAAUACCAUUAUUCAAAAAAUUGGGGAGUAAUGUGCAUUGUGCAAUUCCCUCUCCUACGUCCACUUCUCACCUUAAAUAAUUGACAUUCCCGCUAGAGGCGGUAGCGAACCGUGUCCAUUUUCGAACAAGGAGAUCAGCAAUUCCCUCAUUUCCCUUUCCAUCUCGGACCACAACGUACUGCAACAAGUUUGAAACGAGCACGUGGGAGUGUAAAAUGGUUUGUAGACUUCUGUGAAUCAGUUGUUUAGAGAUUGUUUCGAGACUGUUCAGAGAUUGUUUAGAGAUUGUUUAGAGAUUGUUUAAAGAUAUAAUUGAAAAGUUAAGUGAUAAAAAUGAAACAACGUUACGAGGCAGAUGUAGAUGAUAUUUCAAUUGAUUCUGACGGUUUAAUGUUUGAAAACGACAAUGAUAUUGAUCGGAACAAUGAAGACAUUGAAGAAGAGGCAUAUUCGGGCAAAAUGUUUGGUAAGAAGAGGAAAAGAGUUACUGAGAAUCUCACAGAGAGUUUACCACAAAAGAAGAAAAAAUUCAACAAGGAUUUAUAUAAGCCACCGACUGUGGAAGAGUUGAAUCAACUCAGAGAAACUGAGAACUUGUUUCAUUCCAAUCUGUUCAGGCUACAAAUAGAAGAAACGUUGAAUGAAAUUAAAAUCAAAGACAAAUAUAAACGAAUGUUUGAUGCUUGGUUUAAAAACUUUGAGAAAACUAUUGAAUCCAUUAAAGAAACAGAGGGAAAUGAGAUUUGUACGUUUGACAAAAUUUUAAACGUGCACAUUCCAUUCCCUGAAGUACCAAAAGAAACGAAAGGCACAUUUAAAUUCGUUAAGCCGUCAAGUAUAAAUGUUAUAGGAGCUUACGCAUUUGAUGCUGCAACUGGUUCAAACGUCACUGUAGACGUAAUGAUUGAAAUGCCUCCUAAAAUGUUUCAAAAACGGGAUUACCAAAAUUAUAUUUAUAUGAAAAAGAAAGCAAUAUAUUUGGCACAUAUAGCAUCAAAUAUUACCAAUGAAAUUUCUCAGAGUAAAAAGUUUGUGGGCACUAAUUUAAGGCCAAUGUUAAAAAUUGUACCAAAUGGAAAAUUGGGCACUAAAAUGACUGUAUUAAUACACGUAUCGGCUCACAAGGAGACAUUUAGAUUAAAUAAAUUCUUACCAGAAAAGAAUAACGUUAGACCUGGAUGGUUCUUUAGCGAUACGAAACAGCAAGAUUUACUGCCAACCCCGCAUUAUAAUUCUAUUAUUCUUCACGAUUUAACAAUGAAAACCCAUUCAGAAAGUAUGAAAAUAAUCAAAGAGUACCCAAACUUAAGAGAUGGUAUAAUUUUAUUAAAAAUUUGGCUAACUCAACGUGAAUUGACAAAAGGCCAUGCAGCUUUCAGUGGAUACGUUGUAACUAUGCUGGUUCUAUACUUAUUAUCUAUAAAGAAGUUAAACACAUUCAUGAGCAGCUAUCAGAUUAUCAGGAACGUGUGGAAUUAUUUAGCAAAAGUCGACUUGUCUGAAUCUGGAAUAACGAUGGGUCAGGACAAAGAUUUAAAAAAUAGAAUUGAAAAUUAUCACAAGUAUUACGACUGUGUAUUCUUGGAUGAUACUGGUUAUUACAACAUCACUGCGUUUAUGGACAAAUCUACAUACAAUUGGGUACAAAAGGAAGCAGAAAUUUGUUUGAACCAUUUGGACAGUGCACACGCAAACAGUUUCCAGUCGUUGUUCAUGCGGAAAGUGCCGUUUUAUAUGGCAUUUGAUCAUCUUAUAUGGUUUAAAGAUGCUCGAGUAUUGAGAAACAUAGUAGACAUCCACUCGACUAGUCAAGAUAAAUUAAAUUACGGUCCGAAUUAUCGAACUGGUACCAUCAAGUUAAUUUGCGACACGUUAAGAAGAGGACUGACAAACAGAGUCCAUCGAUUAUGUGUCCGGCAGGACGAAAGUGUCGAAUGGGAAUGUACAGAAGAUGCUCCCAACGAUAUUGGGACAAUUUUUAUGGGGCUAGAUAUGAAUCCCGAAAAUUGUUUUAAUAUCGUUGAUAAAGGACCCGAAGCAAAUUUGCCGGAGGCAAUUGAAUUUAGGAGAUUCUGGGGUAAACGAUCAGAAUUACGUCGAUUUCAAGACGGGACUAUUCGUGAAGCUGUAGUUUGGUCCAAGGGCAAAACACUAGCAGGAAAGAGAUUGAUCUGUAAAAAAAUAGUAUCUUUCUUAGUAACGAAAAAGCUAGGAAUUCUUAAAAAUAAAUUUAUGUAUAUUGCGGACGAGUUGGAGCAACUACUAAGACUACAGAAGAUAAAAAUAACACAUUUUCCUUAUGGCACGGGUGAAGAAGCUGCGUUGAAAGCGAUCAACGCUUUUAAUGAACUUGAAAAAAAUUUAAUGUCUCUUACCGAUAUUCCUUUGUCGAUACAUGGAGUUCAAGGAUCCAGUGCUGUAUUUCGAUAUACAGAUGUUUUCCCUCCUCUGGCGACGACACAUCGACCCGUUAAACGAUUUAUCAAGGCAAGGGACAAUUCUUUGUUCUUAUCAGAAAGUAUACCUGCAGCACCCAAAUAUGCCCAUCCUCUCGAGGUGACUUUACAAUUGUCAACCAGCGGAAAGUGGCCGGAUGAAUUAGAAGCCCUUCGAAAAACGAAAGCUGCAUUUCAUAUACAAAUUGCAGAGUGCUUGAGGAAACAAUACAGCUUAGUAACGAAUGCAAACUAUUCGUACGUCGAUGUAUAUAAGGAUGGAUUUGUAUUUCGUCUAAGAGUGGCGAUUCAGAAGGAAAUCUCCUGCUUGAAACAGCAAGUAAGUGAAAAUGGAGUUGUGCAGUAUAGAGAUAACGAGGAAUCGACCGAAUUGGAGAUUAAGUUAUUCGAACUACCAAAGUUAACUAGCGCUUUACAUGGAUUACACACUCAGCAGCCAUCCUUCGGAGCUACUUGUUGUUUGACGAAACGAUGGUUGUCCGCACAGCUGUUAGACGAUUCUCAUAUACCAGAUAUAGUAGUCGAGCUACUUGUAGCUUCGAUGUAUUUAACACCUGCUCCAUACAGGCCUCCGCAAAUGCCCCAAGUAGCAUUUCUGAGGCUCUUAGAGAUCUUUGCAAGGGGCCAUUGGAAUACAGAUCCUAUUAUUGUUAACUUUAACAGUGAAAUGUCUAGUGAAGAAAUAAUGAGCGUGGAAACUUUGUUCGCAUCAUCUCGUGACUCAUUGCCACCGUUAUUUAUCUCUACUCCUUACGAUCAACAAAAAUCGAUAUGGACUAAAAAAGUAUCCAGUUUAAUCUUGAAUCGAAUUACAAUGCUGGCUAGACAAUCUAUAAAAUUGUUUCAAGAUCAACUUUUCACAAAUACCCUGUUGGAUAUUAGACCAUUGUUCAGGCCACCACUGACAGAAUACGACUGCUUGAUAUAUCUGAAGUCAGAUAUGGUUCCUAGAAAAUUACAAGCAGUUGAUGUUAGCGAAAUGUAUCCAAUUCUUGAAUGGCAUCCGUACAAAAAGCACACGGCACAGAAGAUACCAAUUACAGAUUUUGAUCCUGUGCAAUGUUUUUUAAAGGAUCUUAGAAAUGGUUAUGACGAAUUCGCCUUAUUUUUCCAUGACACUUACGGCGGUACGUUAAUUGGAGUUUUAUUAAAACCCCAAGCGUUAGAAACGAAAGAUUUUAAAGUAUUGAACAUCAAUGGUCGUAAAUGUAAUACGGACGGUCGAUUAGUUCUAAAUUUGUCGGCAAUGAUUCAAGACUUUUAUAUUCUUGGGAACGGGCUCGUAGAUUCGAUCGAUGUUCGAUCGAAACGAUUUUCUUUGACCUAACACUUCCCAACAAGAAAUCAGAAGUGCAUCUUAUAAUGUAAGUUGUAAAAUAAAACUUUUUUAUACGAAUUGUUUUAUACUUGUAAGUAUAAUGAAGAAACAACAAUGUAUUAAAUUAUUAAAUAUGUAUAUAACAUGUUAAAUAUGUAUAU